UUAGCAAUGAGGGAAAUCCCUCAGGUGUGAUGAUUUUGGCCAAGUGAACCUGUCCCGAUAACUCCAGGGUCAUCCUGCUAGAGUUAUAAAGAACCAUCCUGCUCCCUGGGAACACAGGGGCUUCCUGAGCACCAAAUUCCUCCAGCAUGCAUGCUCUUCAGCUUCUCUUCAAGACCAGCGCUGCUGCCCUGCUCCUGGGUCUCUGCCUGACACUGCGGACUGGCACAGCUCACGGACAAAUACAGAACGUAAUUUCAGCGAAUCUGACAACUUCUCAGAUUGACAACUCAACGGGCUAUGUGAUAACACUUGCAGUUUCAAAUCUUAUAUCUCAAUGCAUAGUGGUUAAAAACACACUGGAAGUCUCUGACACGGUCUUUUUUCCUUACGGUAAUUUUCGUUUUACCAGCUGUCUGUGUGGUGUUAGUACAAGAAGAUUCUUCUGGGAGAUAGAAGCACCUGAAAAUGGGAUCAUAACAGGGAAGGCUCAAGUUGUGUCAGAAGAGAAUAUAUGCCCUCCUGGUGUGAAUAUCUCCACCCCUGUUUAUGAAAUUGUUAUCACACGUGAUAUCAUUAUAACACUCUGAUCUGGAAAGUCUGCCAUUUCGGAGUUUGUGGGCAUCUGUGUAAACUGGAAAAUAAACUUCCUACUGACUUCUCA